CAACAGCGCGCUGUCACUUUUUUUGCGGUAGCUCUAAGAGGUUAUAAUUAUUUUAUUUGUAUAAAAUGGAUCGAAUUGAAUAUGCCAGUCCAAUAUUACUACCAAAUGAAAGUUAUCUGGCAAAAGACCGAAACGUGCGUCUCUAUGACGGGGAUCAAAAGACAUCGUUCGAAGGUGGCGAACUUAUACUAACCACCCACAGACUUAUGUGGGGACGUCCCGGAGCGAUACCACUAGGACAGGUUUGCCUUACGAUGCACUUGCAUCUGGUUGUCUUCGUCGAGGAGGACAGUCCAAACGCCUUUUCCUUUAGUCGUUCGCGGAAAAUUAUACUGCACUUGAAAGAGGCGCCCCCCGACCGUAACGAGGGCCCGCAACCGAGCAGCAUUUACAAUUUCAUUAAGCUGUCAUUUCGCGAAGGUCUGAACAGCGACAUUGUCGGUUUAUUAAACGACUGCAUGCAAAAGCGGAGAUGGGAGUGGGGUCAAAGUCAGCCGAACGUUUCGACAAAACCGUCUCUUCCCAACAUCAAGCUGCGUACUGGUAUUGCGGGUAUCGAACGUGGCAUUCAGGAAAAGCAGAAGCAGACCGACGAAAACAUUUCCCUGGCCUUUAAAGAUCUGAGCAAGCUGAUGAGCAUGGCUAAAGACAUGGUGGGCCUUUCGCAGAAUAUCUCCACCAAAAUUCGGGAGAAACAAGGCGACAUUACCGAAGACGAGACUGUACGAUUUAAGCUCUAUUUGUUAAGCUUAGGCAUUGACGAUCCGGUAACUCGCGACGCGUACAAGUCCGACAAUCAGUAUUAUCGAAGUUUAGCGAAACAGAUUGCCGAUAUUUUAAUUACGCCGAUUACGGAAGCGGGCGGUAUAAUGGCCUUAACCGACGUGUUUUGCAGAGUAAACAGGGCGCGUGGUUUGGAGUUACUCUCCCCGGAGGAUUUAUUAAAUGCCUGCAGAUUGAUGGAGUCGCUCGAUCUUCCGCUUAAGAUGUAUAAGUUCGAUUCAGGUGUCAUCGUUUUGCAGCUGGUGUCCAUGAGCAAUGAGAGCAUCGCCGAAAGUACCGCAGAUAUGCUCAACGAAAAGGGCUCCCUGUCAUCCGAAGAGCUUGCCAGACUUUUGGGUAUUUCAGUUUUGUUGGCAAAGGAACGUCUGUUAACAACUGAACGAUUUGGAAAAUCUUGCAGGGAUGAUUCGUCUGAAGGAUUGCGGUUUUACCCCAAUUUGCUUUUAAGUAAAGAAUAAAUUUAUAUUUUUGUGAUCAAAUUUCUAUUAGUGUAAUAUAUAAUCGUUGACCCUA